UACAUUUAGAAUUUUGACAGAAGAGAAUACAAAAAAAUUUUAAAUCCCAUCAACGUUCACUGCAUGUACAAUAGAAAAAUUUCAGUUAAAAAAUGUCUCUUGAAAAAGUGCCUAAACGAAAUAACAAAAAAUCAAAAGAAAACGAAAAUACACCUCUUUCCACCUCGUCGUCCGGCACACCAAAAUGGAGACAGUCGCCGAUCGACUUAAAUAGUAUUAAUACAUGGACAAAAAAGUAUUCCCCAUUAUUACUUAACGGCUAUUGGCUAAACGAAGGUAUAGCUACCCUUACAAAUACUGGACGAACAGUCAAGAUCGAAUUAGAAGACAGGAAGCUGCCACUCAUGACGGGUGGCCCAUUGAAAGAUCAAGACUACCAAUUCAUGAAUAUACAAUUUCGUUGGGGUGCAGAGAACUGCUGUGGGGCCGAACAUUCAAUUGACAAUCAUUGGUAUUCCAUGGAGGUUCAAAUACUUCAUUGGAAUACUCAAUACGGUUCAAUUGAAAAGUGUUACGAUAAGUCAGACGGAAUGGCCAUUCUCUCAUAUCUAAUACAAGUCGUCGGUUGUCCCGGAAUACCAGACAAUCCAAUGUUUGCGAAAAUAACUCAGCAUCUGCCAAGAAUCAAGAAGAUGGGAAGCAGCGUCAACAUCGGACCUGAUUGUUUACGGUGGAUGAUGGAGGCAUGUUCAGAACCUGGUUAUUAUACUUACUUGGGUUCUUUAACGACACCACCUUAUCACGAAUGUGUCGUUUGGAUCGUUAUACCAAGACCGAUUAAAAUAUCUGCACGACAGAUCGAUGCCUUUCGAAAUAUUUAUGAUAAAAAAUGGGAGCCUAUCGUGAGAAAUUACAGGUGUCAACAAAACCUUCGUAGGAGACGAGUGUUGUAUGCCAGCAAUAGUGCUGUUGCUUAAAAAACAAAUUUAUG